AGGAGAUGAUCUAACAGCCGUUACGUGUUUACAUCAGUUCAGCUACCAGCAGCUGAACCACGUUAUACUUUUAGCUUUAAAAUACUUUAAUAUAAACAUAAACCAAGCGGAAUAUCAGCUGAAUACACUUGGUUUCCUCUCUCCACACGAAAAUGGUGAUGGAAGACUAUCAGGAGUUUUGCAGGAGGUGUUUGUACAAAGUGAACGAGGAGAGUUCGUGCAGUGCAGAGUCCAGCCACAGGGGGGCGCCAUCUGCCAUUCAUUUCCAUGGCAGACCUGUACUACAGCCAAUGCUAAGCGAAGAGCAGCGUGUAGAAAUGGCUAAACAAAGGCAGAAAGCGAUGGAGAGAGAGAGCGAGAGACAUACACUGAGAACCAGCUCUCUGCUGGAACGAGCCCAGGACGUCCUCAACCACUUACAGGUGCAAAAUACGUCUCACUGUGAAGCAGAGCAGGGUGCUAUCGGCUCUCCUCCAGACCCUCAGGAUCUAAACCUCAGGAAAACAGUCGCUGAAGACCUGGCGCCCUGCAGGGUCUCCAGCGCUUGGCGAAGAGAGACCCUCAGACUUCUAAACAGUCGGAUGGAGAGAGUGGAGAAGAGUGGAGAAAAGACGAGUGAAACAAGAACACAGCCGAGCUAUUCUGGAGAUGCUUAUAAAGAUGGUGAGAAUAAAGCUGGAGAAGAUACCCUGUCUGAUAAGGAGAACGAGAGCCUCACACCAGAGCGCCCUCUUGUGGUGAAGUCUAGGAAUACCUCUAUUCGAUGUUCUGUUGAGUCAUGUGACUCUCCAUUGGGUAGUCUUUCGCUGUGUGCCAGUCUUACGGGUUCCUACGCCCAGUUGCCGAGCCCCCUGCCCAGCUGCAACCCCAUCACCCACCGCUUACGAAAACCAGCUCUGGCAUCUUCAAGCAACAUCCUCAUCUCAGUCCCUGUCACUGAACUGGAGCUCAACAAGACAAUGCCAGUCCAGUCUGAAUCCCAUGCUCCUGAUUAUCCUCCCCCUACUGGAGGAGACUGGAACUGCAGUUGCCCUGAGUUAGGCAGUCAAACGCCGCCUAUGCCUAAGACCUCCACCCCCACUGACCAUCAUAUCACCACAAGACCCACCACACCCAUAGAGACCAGCACACUGAACCACAGUUCCCCGUUCCAGCGUUCCCCACCAGCUCCACUCAACCAGUCCUACGAUGUGGAGAGUCCAGCUCCCAACAUCCUCAGGCCCCACGUCGGAUCAGGUUCCAGACCCUUUACUGCACCCCUCCAACGCAGACUGGAGUUCACAGGGAGACCACAGCUCUCCCCAGAGGACCAGAAGACCCAGGGGCAUAAAACCAGUAAUACACUUCAGGAUAGAGAUCAGCAGAAGGCGAUGUGUUACCUGACCGCUUUGGCCCGAGGCUUCCUCACACGCAGACUCCUUCAUACUGAGAAAAUCAAACACCUGCGCAAAACUAUACAGGAUUCGAUGGAGUUAAAUCGUUGUUUCCAGGCUGAUGCCCAGCAAAGAAGAGCCUCCUUUACCCCACAGGACCUUUCUCUUCAACACAGAGUCAGAGCACAGUUGCGUGCAGCUUUGUCUAAAGUCCAUGAGAUCUUCUUUGUUUGGCCUCUGAGAAGCAGACUAGCUCUGCUGCAGCAGGACCGGGAGCUACGCAACACAAGGAGACACCAAGAAAAGGAGAAAUCUAAGAGCCCACUGGACCAGCAAGGCCUGUCUUCUGCUACGCAGAAAUCUCUGGAACGGAAAAAACAGAGGGUUGGCAUAAAGAUCCAACUCAAACCAAAGAAUUCCACAACAAGCGUCCUGCAGUCCACUCAGAGGCAGGAUGUAUUCAUCAAUUCUCAGAAGCUUAAACCUGUGAGAGUGGUGAGAAGGACCUCCUUUGCUCAUCCUUUACUGGACUAGUGGACUCUCUCUCUCCAGUGUUUCAUCAAUGUUCAAAGGUUUUAAGCAAAUGUGGGGGUGGGGCGGGGGGGGGG